AUGCACUGGUACUGUCGUGGGGGGACAGGGGGGAUGACAGCAGGGGGGAUGGCAGCAGGGGAGAUGACAGCAGGGGACAUGACAGCAGGGGAAAAGACAGGACCACGAAGCAUAGACAUGGAUCUACUGAUGUGGUGUUCAAUAGCGACCCACUCUCAUGGCUUCCAGGCGACUCACUCUCGUGGCUUCAAGGCGAAUCACUCUCGUGGCUUCAAAGCGACUCACUCUCAUGGCUUCAAGGGGACUCACUCUCAUGGCUUCAAGGGGACUCACUCUCAUGGCUUCAAGGCGACUCCCUCUCAUGGCUUCAAGGCGAUUCACUCUCAUGGCUUCAAGGCGACUCACUCUCAUGGCUUCGAGGCGACUCACUCUCGUGGCUUCAAGGCGACUCACUCUCGUGGCUUCAAGGCGACUCACUCUCGUGGCUUCAAGGCGAGUCACUCUCGUGGCUUCCAGGCGACUCACUCUCGUGGCUUCCAGGCGACUCACUCUCGUGGCUUCCAGGCGACUCACUCUCGUGGCUUCAAGGCAACUCACUCUCGCGGCUUCAAGGGGACUCACUCUCGCGGCUUCCAGGGGACUCACUCUCCGGCUUCCAGGCGACUCACUCUCCGGCUUCCACGCGACUCACUCUCGUGGCUUCCACGCGACUCGCUCUCGUGGCUUCCAAGCGACUCGCUCUCGUGGCUUCCAGGCGACUCGCUCUCGUGGCAUCCAAGCGACUCGCUCUCGUGGCUUCAAGGCGACUCGCUCUCGUGGCUUCAAGGCGACUCGCUCUCGUGGCUUCAAUGCGACUCGCUCUCGUGGCUUCAAGGAACUCGUUCUCGUGGCUUCCAGGCGACUCGCUCUCGUGGCUUCCAGUUCAAUUCUAACAGUGGCUUCAAGGCAAAUCGCUCUCGUGGCUUCAAGGCGACUCGUUCUCGUGGCUUCGAGGCGACUCGCUCUCGUGGCUUCGAGGCGACUCGCUCUCGUGGCUUUGAGGCGACUCGCUCAAGUGGCUUCGAGGCGACUCACUCUCGUGGCUUCGAGGCGACUCACUCUCAUGGCUUCGAGGCGACUCACUCUCAUGGCUUCGAGGCGACUCACUCUCAUGGCUUCGAGGCGACUCACUCUCAUGGCUUCAAGGCGACUCACUCUCGUGGCUUCCAGGCGAGUCGCUCUCGUGGCUUCCAGGCGGCUCACUCUCGUGGCUUCCAGGCGAGUCACUCUCGUGGCUUCCAGGCGGCUCACUCUCCUGGCUUCAAGGCGACUCACUCUCAUGGCUUCGAGGCGACUCACUCUCGUGGCUUCAAGGCGACUCACUCUCGUGGCUUCAAGGCGACCCACUCUCGUGGCUUCAAGGCGGCUCACUCUCGUGGCUUCAAGGCGGCUCACUCUCGUGGCUUCAAGGGGAGUCACUCUCGUGGCUUCAAGGCGAGUCACUCUCGUGGCUUCAAGGGGACUCACUCUCGUGGCUUCAAGGGGACUCACUCUCGAGGCUUCAAGGGGACUCACUCUCGUGGCUUCAAGGGGACUCACUCUCGAGGCUUCCAGGCGACUCACUCUCGUGGCUUCCUGGCGACUCGCUCUCGUGGCUUCAAGGCGACUCGCUCUCGUGGCUUCAAGGCGACUCGCUCUCGUGGCUUCAAGGCGACUCGCUCUCGUGGCUUCAAUGCGACUCGUUCUCGUGGCUUCAAGGCCACUCGCUCUCCGGGCUUCAAGGCGACUCGCUCUCCUGGCUUCCAGGCGACUCGCUCUCGUGGCUUCCAGGCGACUCGCUCUCGUGGCUUCCAGGAGACUCGCUCUCGUGGCAUCCAGGCGACUCGCUCUCGUGGCUUCAAGGCGACUCGCUCUCCUGGCUUCCAGGCGACUCGCUCUCGUGGCUUCCAGGCGACUCGCUCUCGUGGCUUCAAGGCGACUCGCUCUCGUGGCUUCCAGGCGACUCGCUCUCGUGGCAUUCAGGCGACUCGCUCUCGUGGCUUCAAGGCGACUCGCUCUCGUGGCUUCAAGGCGACUCGCUCUCGUGGCUUCAAGGCGACUCGUUCUCGUGGCUUCAAGGCGGCUCACUCUCGUGGCUUCAAGGCGACUCGCUCUCGUGGCUUCAAGGGGACUCGCUCUCGUGGCUUCAAGGCGACUCGCUCUCGUGGCUUCAAGGCGACUCGCUCUCGUGGCUUCAAGGCGGCUCACUCUCAUGGCUUCAAGGCGGCUCACUCUCGUGGCUUCAAGGUGGCUCACUCUCGUGGCUUCAAGGCAACUCACUCUCGUCGCUUCAAGGGGACUCACUCUUGA